AAUCCUCAGAAAUCUCCAUAAGUCUAAAUUUUUAGAUUCCUCAAGUUUUCAAAUUCCUAAAUCUCAAGCUUUCGAAUCUCAAAUCUAACCGUCCGAAUUUCUAAAUGCUUUUUUAAUCACCAACGUAAUUUUCAUAUCGCGAUGAAUAAAACAUCCAUUAUUAUCAUGCAAAAUUGUAAGAAAAUUGGCGAUUACAUAAAAGCCCGCAAAUUUGAAUACAUUCCCCUGCUGCAAAAGAGAAACCGGGGCUCGUGGCGAUCUCCUCGACAACAGAAUUCAAUAAAUCUAGCAACGGCCACCAGAGGCAACAUCGUCGUCGCACAACCAAACGUUCCGACCAAUCGGAUCGUUUGGUACCGAUGGCGGGAUAAAACGCGCGCUCUGAUUGGCCAGGCAAUCGCCAAGGGAACCGUGGUGGGACAACGAAUAAACAGAUUUCAAAGUUUCGAAGUGGUCGGCAUCGCAGAGGGAGAUUUGAUGUCCGCGUGCGUAUGUUUCCCGCGAAUGUUGUUUCGGAUGCUUGCGUCGCGGCGCUUAAUGUUUUCGCUCCGUACGUUUCCGUUUGUCGCGUAGUUUUCAACGUUUGACACGCAAUGUCACUUCGAAAUAGCAAGCACAGUUCCCAUGACAGUGUCGAUAGUGGUUACCUGACUCUGACUCCGCACUCCGGUGCGCACACACCAGUACUUUCAGGAUACCGAUCCAGAGUAUCAUGCAUCUCGUCGAAGAGGCAUCCCAGGGCCCGAGUGGACCCGCUUCAAUCGGAACGGGCCCAAAGGCAUCGUUCCAAAUUGAAUUACCUAUUGAACACGUCGGAGUUCGAUUACAUCUCUUCCGAGAACUCCGAGAGGGAAAGUUUGAGUCAGGACACAUCCAGUUUCAGCGAUGAUCGGCCGAGUUUAAGCAUCGAACACUCGAGUGCGGAAUUGACGGAUGUCGAUGAUGGGUUUCGGCGUAGGACACGGCGAAAUUACAAGACGACAGUCCCGAUUACACCAGCUUCGACGAGAUUACAACUUCUCUCGCCACCCCCGUCGCCGGCGGUGCCCUCCCCGUUCAUAGCCUCCGAGCCCAUUGAGGAAGAUGUGGAAAUGAAGCUAGUCAACGUGCCCCAGAGCACACCCCAGGUAACCACCUCGCCUAGACGGAAAACACCACCGCCAGCACCUCGUAUUCUUAUCUCGCCAACGUGUCGGAAAACUAGUCCCACAAUUAGUUCGGCGGAUAAUCAAAAAUUAAGCAAGCUCUCUAUUAAGGACCUCUCAGCCAUAGCCGAUAUUAAGCCAAAGAGGCUGGACUUCAGUCACCGUGCCAUAUCUGUCGCGUUGUACCGUACCAGGGCUACACCGGACUACACCGGUAGAGAGACAGUUGAUAUAUUGGCACUUCUCGGAGAGAAAAGCAAUCACUGGAGGAUAGUCUCGAAGAUAUUGUCAUUCCUAGGACCACAGGAUCUUUGCUCAAUCAGUAUGGUGUCCAAAACGUGGAGGAGGAUCUGUAUUAGUGACUCUAGGGCUAAUACGAAAAGACUGACCCAUAUAAUACUCAGACAGAAUGUUAAGGAGAAUUUGAAGUUAAUUAAGAAGUCUAAGAUGGAAGGGAAUAUACAGACAAGCCCUAAGAGCAGAUAUGCAAGGAAAGGAUAUUUGUUGGAGGUACAGAAUCUUCUUCAAGUACCAGGAAACCAACGACCACCCAGCAGUCCACCGGUUUCUCCCAGUAAAGUCAAAUUCCAUUCCUUCGUCAAGGCUAGUCGUACACUCGCGCCCUGGGAGCAUUUGUUACCCUGUCCGAAGUGCUCAUUCCCUUGUCACGUGGACGGCGAGAAAAACGUGGGAACGUGUUCGAGGCAAGGUUGCUCAAUGGAAUUUUGCACCUUCUGCUCUUCGAGGCCGCACACCGGACCCUGUAAAACACCCCUGCUGGCUACGCCGACCAAGAGGAACAAACGGCUGGUCGUCGGCUCAAGACAGAGUAAACGGAAUCUCAGGAGAUUAUAAAACAUUCCUCUAAAAUCAAAAACACGACAAUUAGUUCGUCAGAAUAUUUUUAAAAUGCUGUCACGUUUCUCUCUAAAAAUGUUUUAGCGUAUAGGAUCGUUGGAAUUAAUUUAAUUUAAUUUUUCUCGCGAACCGUUAGUAUUCCACGAGAGUUAGCGUCGUUCAAACGGAAACGACCCAAUGUACGUUUAAUAUAUAUACGUUUUAUAGUUGUGUACAAAUUGUGGCAUUAUGAAACUAAAAGACAGGUGCAAAAUUGUAAUGGAUUAUCGAUCGAACGGAUCUUGUAUGUUCAUUAUAAUUUUGACCACUCGCCGCAAGUUGAGUUUCAACGAGCGAACCGAUUUUUUUUUUUGGUAAAUUAGUGAUAACCGAAAUCAAACGCUUCUCAUUUUCUCUCUACGUUUACCCCUUUUUGGGAGCCAUACUUUAUUUUUUACCAAUGUUUUUAGUGCUCUAGUACGCCACUUUGGUUCUUUGUGCCAUCGUUUUUUAACGUUUUAAGGAAGAGAUUAUCUUGGCAAUUAUUAAUCAAAAAGUGUUUUAAGUACAAAUAUACUGCGUGAAUGUUAACCCUUUUUUACCGAACACCGUUACAGUAGCUCUUGUAAGGAUCGGUUGUCGAUAUUUUAUCGGUAAUAUCUUUGAGAUAUCGUUUUAAGGUAGAAUAUAAUAUUUAAUAUUGUCAUUUAAAUAUAUUUAUUCAUCUCAAUAUUACACAAGAUAUAACUUAACCUGACACAUAAUUCUAUAAUUCAAAUCUGUUUCUCCUCGUUCAAAUUUUUGACAUAACCAAGAAUUAUAAAUUUAUGUACCAUGAUUGGAAGUUUGGACGAGAAUAGAUAGGUUUGAGUAAUAAAAUUACAUGUUAAUCAACGGUAUAUCAAUGAUAUUGUCGAUAACAUAGCAACUUUCCUAACCUCAAACAAGUGCCGCAAUUGUUCAUAGAAAUUACAAAAAGAAAUGUAAAAGAAUAUUUCGAAGAAAUAAAAUAGAUAUAUAUUUUUGUACAAUAGAAGCAUAUAUUUGCGGGUCUAUUUUCUGAAUAAUAUUUAGGAAGAAAGGGUUAAUACAGAAUGAAACGGUUCAUAGUAACUCGAGAUGUCAA